GCGCAGCCUUGCGGCCCCUCCCAUUGGCCGCGCCGCCUGCCCGUCGCGGGGCCCGUGGCAGCGCUUCAGGUCGUCGGGCGCCGGCGCUCGGUGGCGACGGCUGCGGGUGGCGGCAGCGGCGGCAGCUGCGCUGCACGGCGCGGACGGUGGACGCGCCUCUGGGGCCGGGCCAGGCCUUCGGGGAACUGGGACGAGGCAGGGCCGUGCCGGCGGCGGCCGGGGGACCGCGACGAUGACUCUGGAGUCCAUGAUGGCGUGUUGCCUGAGCGACGAGGUGAAGGAGUCGAAGCGCAUCAACGCGGAGAUCGAGAAACAGCUGCGGCGAGACAAGCGCGACGCCCGGCGCGAGCUCAAGCUGCUGCUUCUCGGCACUGGCGAGAGCGGGAAGAGCACCUUCAUCAAGCAGAUGCGCAUCAUCCAUGGCGCCGGCUACUCGGAGGAGGACAAACGCGGCUUCACAAAGCUGGUGUACCAGAACAUCUUCACCGCCAUGCAGGCUGUGGUGCGCGCUAUGGACACGCUCAAGAUCCGCUACAAGUAUGAGCAGAACAAGGCCAAUGCACUCCUGAUCCGGGAGGUUGAUGUGGAGAAGGUCACGACUUUUGAGCAUCAGUAUGUGAACGCCAUCAAGACACUGUGGAGUGACCCUGGUGUCCAGGAGUGCUACGAUCGCAGGCGAGAGUUCCAGCUCUCUGACUCGGCUAAGUACUACUUGACGGACGUGGACCGCAUCGCUACAGUAGGCUACCUGCCCACCCAGCAGGAUGUGCUGCGGGUACGUGUGCCCACAACUGGCAUCAUCGAGUACCCGUUUGACCUGGAGAACAUCAUCUUCAGGAUGGUGGAUGUGGGCGGGCAGAGGUCAGAGCGCAGGAAGUGGAUCCAUUGCUUUGAGAAUGUCACGUCCAUCAUGUUCUUGGUGGCAUUAAGCGAGUAUGACCAGGUCCUGGUGGAGUCGGACAACGAGAACCGCAUGGAGGAGAGCAAGGCCCUGUUCCGCACAAUCAUCACCUACCCCUGGUUCCAGCACUCGUCUGUGAUCCUCUUCCUCAACAAGAAGGACCUUCUGGAAGACAAGAUCCUGCACUCACACUUGGUCGACUACUUCCCCGAGUUCGAUGGGCCACAGAGGGACGCACAGGCCGCCCGCGAGUUCAUCCUGAAGAUGUUUGUGGAUCUGAACCCCGACAGCGACAAGAUCAUCUACUCGCACUUCACCUGCGCCACGGACACCGAAAACAUCCGCUUCGUGUUUGCUGCCGUGAAGGACACCAUCCUGCAGCUGAACCUGAAGGAGUACAAUCUGGUGUGACCGACUGCGGCACCGCCAGGGCCAGCAUCGGUCACCCAAUCAAGGGACCUGGGCACAGGGGACUGGGGCUCGCCUCUCUUCCUGCUCACUUCUGUCCCUGUCCCUCAAGGGCAGAGUGGCCUCUUUUUGGCCUUGAUUCCAUGUGGCUUGAGGGUUUUUUUUUUUUUCCUAGAAAACAAAAAACAACAAAAAGAAAAAAGACGUGACCGACAGUGUGCCCUCCCCCA